AUGAUGAACCAGCAUCAACAGACAUACCCGCCCUUCCCUCCGCAACAACAGCAAGGCCCGUACGCGUACCCCAACACAUAUCCACCACCACUACCACAGACGACACCCUACUCAUAUCCGCCGGCACUCACCCAGCAGCCGCAGCCGUUGCAGCACUCCCCGCCACAGAUCCAACAGAACUCCACACCGGCGCAGAAUCAACCGCAGCAACAGUCGCAGUUCUUCCAGACGCUCCCGCAAGGCGCACCCAGAGCACAACCUUCACGGAAUCGCCAGCAGCGGGUCAACAAUGGCAACCACAAUGACCCGUCUUCCGUACCCUCGACGCCAGGCAAUGGGCCUGGUGCACCCCCACCGAUGCCGAAUAGCCCACCGAACUACGAAGAAGAGCUCAUGAGCGCGUUGCAGCAGGACCACCCGAACAACAGCCAUGUAGUAAUUGACGAUACAUUAAACGAUGACAAUGACAAUGAUGACGAGGACGAUGAUGAUGUCCACAUGGGUGAUGGCAACGACGAUGAACCCAUAUACCAACUGCCUCCUCCGCCAGAGGCCAUAUACCCGAACGAGGUCGACUUGGAAAAGGCAAUGCACGCAUGGUCGCUGGAGCACGGUUAUGAGUUGGUCCGCAGAGCCAGCAAGAAGAAUGCUCGCGGUCUGCUGUACAAGCGUUACUUUCACUGCAGCAAGCACGGCAAGACGUCCACACAGAAGAAGGAUGCCGACAAGAACAAGGUUCGCAUCAACAGGAAGAGCAAUCGCAUAGGAUGCCCCAUGUCUCUUGCUGCUGUUGCCGUCGACCCACACGAUCCGUCUGGGAACUGGCAGAUCAGACAUCGCAAGACACACCACAACCACCCUGCUGUGGAUGCGAUCAAGCUUGCUGGACACAGACGAAGGGCACGUAUCGGUGGUGUCGAGAAGGCGGUCGAUGGCCUUUUCGCCAUUGGCACCAAUACCUCUGACGUGUUGAAGUUCUUGCAACGCACCAACCCAGAUGGCCUCUUCAAUCGUACUGAUGUGGCCAAUAUGAAGCUCAAGUACAAAAAGUAUGGCACAUGCGCCCAACGACCGGACGAUGGCACUGUCGAGAAGCAAGUUCAAGUCUCUUCCAAAUCUGGCUUCCCCUCUGCGUGCACAAAUUGCCGAUCGAAGAAGACAAAGUGUGAUAGCAUCCGUCCAGUCUGUGGAGCUUGUGCGAAGAAUGGAACGCAAUGCCAUUAUGAUCAUGCUCCACAUCCCAGAGUAGAGCAGCCAGCACAGACUAUCAAUGCGCCGCCUCCAGCUGCGGUGCAACUUCAGUCGUCGCAGCAUAUGCCAGAACAGCAGAUGAAUGGCAUGGACAAUAGCAUGGCCAUGAUAGACCAGCAACCACUGCACCCACAAUUCAGCAACACUCCGAGCAUCAAUCAUCAAAAUGCACAGCAAGCUGAGCAAGUCCUGGCGGCGUUGGCGAACUUUCAGCAAGAACAUGUCAAGCCCACGAGGCUGACGCUGGAAAGUUCUGCAGUUGAGGUACUGGCCAACUCUGUAUGCGGUAACGGAGACUCUUAUCGUACGGUCAUGCCGCGGCCAUUCACGCUUGGCUCAGAUUGGAGGCUGUUCAAAGACAACUUUAUCGCCGCAGCAGUCAAGGAGAACUCCUACGAUGUAUUAAUCGGCGACAAGAAAGAGCCCGUAAAGCCUACGGGAGAUCUUACAGUCGAAGAAAACAACGAAUACAUCAAACAACUCGCCAUAUUCAAGCGCCGCAACGAAAUGCUCAAGAUCGGCCUCAAAGAGUGUCUAGCAGCCAACAUGUGGUCCCGCAUGAACCAAUACAAAACCGCCAACGAAAUCUGGCUCGGCCUCGAAGACAUGUGCAUGCCCCGCGGCAGCGACCAAGCAUACGUGCGCUUCCUCGAGAUCAACAACAUCACCCUCCCCAACAGCGGCAGCCUCGACCAGUUCGUCCACAAUCUUGAAAUGAAGUACAACGAUUUCAAUCAACUGCAGCAUCACCACGAUACGCGGCGGCUGCCUCCGGCCGAGAGGGCGAAGAAGUUGAGGGACGGGAAUGGGACGUUCCCCGAGGAUAUGUUGUGUUUUAUAUUUUUGAGGAAUUUGGGACAUCAGCAUCAGACGUUGGCGAGUAAUCUUUGUAAGAAGAAUAAUAUUGGGGGGUAUGGGUCGGGGGAGAGGUUGGGGUUCAAGGAGUUGACGAGUUUGGUGAAGAGGGCGAUGGAUUGGGAGGCGAGUCGGCAGGCGAGUGGUGGUCGAUGA